AUGAAAAUCCCAAAUAAUCCAGGUGCAGGUGAAAACGCUCUCGAACCAAUUUAUAUAAAAGACGAUGAUGGAUAUGAUAUUGAUGCAUUCCUAAUACCAGUUCACUACAAAAAUUAUAUUACAAAAGUGUUAAUCCCUAAUGGAGUUUUAAAAAAUAGAAUAGAAAAAUUGGCAUUUGAUAUAAAAAAAGUAUAUAAAAAUGAAGAAUUUCACAUAAUUUGUUUAUUAAAGGGAUCAAGGGGUUUUUUUAGUGCAUUAUUAAAAUAUUUAAAUAGAAUUCAUAAUUACAGUUCCAGUGAGUCUUCAAAACAUUUAUAUGUAGAGCAUUAUGUCCGAGUUAAAUCUUAUUCUAAUGAUAAAGCCUUGGAUAGAUUAGAAAUAGUUAGUGAAGAUUUAUCUUGUUUAAAAGAUAAGCAUGUUUUAAUUGUAGAGGAUAUAAUAGAUACUGGAAAGACAUUGUUAAAAUUUUGUGAUUAUUUAAAAAAAUUUGAAGUGAAAACAAUUGCAAUUACAUGUUUAUUUAUCAAGAGAACACCUCAGUGGAAUGGUUUUAAAGCAGAUUUCGUUGGCUUUUCAAUACCUGAUGGUUUUGUUGUUGGUUAUAGUUUAGAUUACAAUGAAAUUUUUAGAGAUCUUGAGCACUUAUGUUUAGUUAAUGAAGAAGGAUUGAAAAAAUUCAAAGAUGUAAAAAUUUAA